ACAAGGGAGUUAAUUGGAUCCUGUCCCUGUUUGUGCCUCUCGUCUCUCAGACUCUGAUACAAAUUCUCUCUAGUUCUGCCCCUUUUCUCGCUCAGUGUCUCACACGUGGCUAUAAACUCUGGGGAGAUUCCCCCCUUUCCCCUCAAAUGAUCAACUCUCUCAUCUCUCCUACUUUCCCCCAUUCUCUCCAUACUUCUCAAAUGUCCAUUGAAAAUCUCCUCCCAUUUCGGGGGGUUUCCCCACCCAUUUUAUCUGCACUAAUUUGUGUUUGUUUAGGUGGGAAAUUGUUGCCCUGAGUCAGGGAUGGGCUGACUCUGGGGUGCGGUCGGAUGGGGUGUCCGUUCUCUGACAGCAACAGGGUGGGGGAAGGGAGGAGCCAGUGUCCCUGUGGAGCCUGCCCAGCCCCUUUGGUUCUGCUCCUUUGCAGCAUUUUGUUCAGAGACUUUAUUACUGGGGAGGCUGAAAAAUCUGUGGGCUUAGUCUGGUGGGGGGGGGGGGUGGUAGGUCUACAAUGGAAUAAAGAGAUCAAGCAUGUUUCCAGCAUGGCAGAAUGUAGGAUGUCUGUCUGCAGGGAAAGGACCUGGAGGAAUUGUGAGGUGAAAUUAACUAAAGCCUGUUCUGAAACCUCCAGAACUGCCCUUCUCAUCGUGCCAGGCUGCAGAACGAUGUCCAUGUUUUGCUCCAGUUCAUCCCGUCCUCCCUUGGGACAGAAAAAAGAAAUGGCUGCAGAGGAGACCGUUCAGGGGCUGGUGACCUUCGAGGAGGUGGCUGUGUAUUUCACCAGGGAAGAGUGGGCUCUGCUGGACCCCACUCAGAGAGCCCUCUACUGGGAUGUCAUGCAGGAGAACUGUGAGAAUGUGACCUCGCUGGGGUUUCCCGUUUCCAAACCUGAUGUGAUCUCCCAGCUGGAACGAGGGGAGGAGCCGUGGGUCCUGGAUCUCCAGGGGUCAGAGGAAGGAGAGAUCCUGAGAGGCGCCUGCGCAGCAGGUGCUGGGAUGGUGAGUGAGAACGAGGAACUGAAUCCUCAGCAGAAAGAAGCUGAGCAAGUGGAAGCACGCGGGGGAUUAUCGCAAGGAUCCCAAGGGAAUGUGUCCAGGCUUCAUGUGCAGAGAAAAGCCUCUGAUUGCCAGCACAGGCCAGAGACGCAGCAGGGAAACCAGCUAGGCGAGAAACUUGGUAAAUCCCUUAAUUGUCAGGAGACUCUAUCAGACGUCAAGGAAAUCAAAGCCCAGCAGAGAACACCCACAGGAGAAAGAAAAAUCACAUGCACCGAGUGUGGGAAACACUUCAGUAGCCGCUCAGACCUUAUGAAACAUGAGCGAAUCCACACAGGAGAGAGGCCCUAUGGAUGUGGGGUGUGCGGGAAAACUUUCAUCCAGAGCUCCCACCUUGUUCGGCAUCAGAGGAUCCACUCAGGGGAGAGACCCCAUGAGUGCGGCAAGUGUGGGAAACAGUUCACUCUGAGCUCCGCCCUCACUAGACACCAGAGGAUCCACACGGGAGAGCGACCCUAUGAAUGCAGCGAGUGCGGGAAAACCUUCACUGACAGCUCCGCCCUUAUUAAUCACCAGAGGGCCCACACGGGAGAGCGACCCUACACAUGUAGUGAGUGCGGGAAACAGUUCACUCGGAGCUCAGGUCUUAUUAUACAUCAGAGGAUCCACACAGGAGAGAGGCCCUAUGAGUGCUGCGAGUGCGGGAAAAGCUUCACUGUCAACUCAGACCUAAUUAAUCAUCAGAGAAUCCACACAGGAGAGAGGCCCCAUGAAUGCAGUGAGUGCAGGAAAAGCUUCACUCAGAGCUCAGCCCUUAUUAGACAUCAGAGGAUCCACACAGGGGAGCGACCGUAUAAAUGUUGUGAGUGCGGGAAAAGCUUCACUGUCAAGUCAGAUCUUCUUGGACAUCAGAGAAUCCACACGGGAAAGAUCCCCUAUAAAUGCUCUGAGUGUGGGAAAACUUUCACUCAGAGAUCAGCCCUUAUUACACAUCAGAGGGUCCACACAGGAGUGCGGCCCUAUGAAUGCCGAGAAUGCGGGAAAAAAUUCACUGUCAAGUCAGACCUUAAUAGACAUCAGAGAGUCCACACAGGAGAGCGCCCCUAUGAGUGCUGUGAGUGCGGGAGACAGUUCAGUCAGAAAUCAAACCUUAGCGCCCAUCAGACAAGCCACACAGGAGAAACCCCUUAUCAGUGCUGUGAGUGCGGGAAAGGCUUCAGUGUGAGCUCAGCCCUUAUAAUCCAUCAGAGAAUUCACACGGGAGAGAGACCCUAUCGAUGCUCGGUGUGCAGGAAAAGUUUCCUCCGCAGCUCACACCUGAAUAGACAUCAGCGGAUCCACACGGGAGAGCGCCACUACAAAUGCUGUGAGUGCGGGAAACAGUUCAGUGAGAAAUCAAACCUUAUUACGCAUCAGACGAGCCACACAAGAGAGAGACCCUACAAGUGCUGUGAGUGCGGGAAAAGCUUCACGCGGAGCUCUACCCUUAUUAGACAUCAAAGAAUCCAUACAGGAGACAGACCCUAUGAGUGCUUUGAGUGCGGGAAAAGCUUCACGCGGAGCUCUACCCUUACUAGACAUCAGAGGAUCCACACAGGAGAAAGACCGUACGAAUGCUGUGAGUGCGGGAAGAAGUUCACUCAGAGCUCAGUCCUUAUCAUUCAUCAGAGAAUGCACACAGGAGAGCGACCCUACACAUGUGGUGAGUGUGGGCAAACGUUCGCUCAGAGCUCAGCCCUAUUUAAACAUGAGAAGAUCCACACAGGAGAGCGCCCCUAUGAAUGCUCUGAGUGCGGGAAACAAUUCAUUGAGAAAUCAAAAUUUAUCAGACAUCAGACAAGCCACACGGGAGAGAGACCCUAUGAAUGUUGUGAGUGCGGGAAACAGUUCAGUGAGAAAUCAAACCUUACUAAACAUCAGACAAGCCACACAGACGUGAGACCCUACGAGUGCUGCGAGUGCGAGAAAAGCUUCUCUCGGAGCUCAUCCCUUAUUAGACAUCAGAGGAUCCACACAGGAGAGAGACCGUAUAAAUGCUGUGAGUGCGGGAAAAGCUUUGCUUUCAAAUCAGAUGUUAAUAAACAUCAGAGGGUCCACACGGGAGAGCGCCCCUAUGAGUGCUGUGAGUGCGGGAGACAGUUCAGUCAGAAAUCAAACCUUAGUGCACAUCAGAGAGGCCACACACAGCAGAGUCCCUUUGAGUGCUGUGAGUGUGGGAAAAAGUUCACUCAGAGCUCAGGCCUUAUUAAUCACCAGAGAAUCCACAGAGGAGAGCGCCCCUAUACAUGCUCUGAGUCGGGGAAACAGUUCAGUGAGAAAUCAAACGUUAUUAAACAUCAGACAGGCCACACAGGAGAGAGACCCUAUGAGUGCUGCGAGUGCGGGAAAAGGUUCACUCAGCACUCAGGUCUUAUUAAUCACCAGAGAAUCCACACAGGAGAGCGACCCUACACAUGCUGUGAGUGUGGGAAAAAGUUCACUCAGAGCUCAGGCCUUAUUAAACAUCGGAGGAUCCACACAGGAGAGAAACCCUAUGAGUGCUGUGAGUGCGGGAAACACUUCACUGAGAGCUCAUCUCUUAUUAGACAUCAGGGGAUCCACACGGGAGAGAGACCAUAUGAAUGCUGUGAGUGUGGGAAAAGCUUCACUUUUAAAUCGGACCUUAUUAAUCAUCAGAGAAUGCACACAGGAGAGCGACCCUACACAUGCUGUGAGUGUGGGCAAACGUUCACUCAGAGCUCAAGUCUUAUUACUCAUCAGAGGAUCCACACAUGAGAGCAGCCUGUGAAUGCAGGAAAAGUUUCAUCCGGAGCUCACACCUUAAUAGACAUCAGCGAUUUCACAGGAUAGAGACACGCCACAAACACUUUGUGCAGGGCAGAGAGAAGAUUGUUUUAAAGGCUUUUGCCAAUUCCCAUAUAGUGACUAUGUAGGGCUGUUUGCACCAUUUGCAUCACCCUGUUCUCUCUGCUCCCCCAGGUGAGUUGCCCUCUUUUCCUUUGCAGGUCGCCCUUCUCUGGGGUGAAUCUCGUGGUCCUUUCUACCAACUCCCUUCUCCUGCGAGUCAUGAUGGGAGUGUGUCUCUCCUGCCGGGAGUGUCCAUCAGCCCCAGGGGUGGGAAAUAGGGGUGACCUCAAGUAGCUAAACUGAGCGAAAAUCGACCUGGGCUUUGUCUCCUCUAGGAUUUUCCAUGGAGUCAGCCUGCUGGAGGUAGCUAUCCUAAUGUAAACACCCCGCUAGAUGUGCCGUGCUGACAUAGCCCAGCACAGGGGUGGGGUUACCUAGCACCUUCCCCUUUGACCUGUCCUAAUCAACACCAAUUUUCAUACUCGAGACAAGCCCCGAGCGGCACAUUUAGACUGUCACUGCACUAGCAGAGCGAUUGUUAGAGUCACCACGUUCCCCCUUUGGUGACAGAUUGUCUCAUUCCCAGUUGUUCUCAUGCUGGUCCAGGUUGUGCUGGGCAGUGGUUUGUUUUUUUUCCCAUUUUCGUCAUUUAAAAUCUAUUUCAAUAUAACAAAGAGGAGGAGCAGGACUGGGACAAAUGUAUCAUUUCAGCCUCUGCAACACUGGAAGGAAAUGGGGUGAGUCGGUGGGAUUACCUCCUUCCUCGUCGCCGUCACUAGGCCCGCUCCCUCCAGCACAGGAGGCUGGUGUGUCUGUCCCCAGUCCUUCCCUUCCCGAGCAGACUGAGACUGCAGGGGAGUCAUUGAGCCAAGCAGAACCUAGUGGAAAAGACUGUGUUGCAAACAGUAACCUGGUACAGACCCCUCAGUCCCUCAUGCAAGAUACUGAGCCACAAUGGAGUUUAUCCAUCUCUGUUCUACCCCUCCACCUCCCACAGAGUCUCUGCACUUCAUAGCAAAUUGAUCCUAAAUCCGACUCGUUAGGGCUGGAGAUGAAGGUGUCCCAGACGUGGAUGGGGCAUUUCCAUGGAUCCCAAACACAGUGUGAUCAUUCCGAGUUUAAAUCCCAGUUUCUGUCUAUUGACAGAGUCACUGCUGGACAUUUUCCUGCUGAGCUUGGAUCAUUUGCACAUGAGAAACUCGGCAGUUUCCCUCAAUUACGACAAUGCUAAUUAUUGUUGUUGUCAAUAACAUGACUCCAUAAUAAUGUGGAGUGAAGCCAGUUUGAAUGGAUCAGAGGAGAAAGUGAUGGGGGAAUCUGCUCUCCUGAUGUUUGAUUCAUCCGAUGGAACCUGCUCUGGAAUUUAAUUUUAUAUGAAAUUGAAAGUGACUUAUACAGAGCUAGCUGAGUGAUGUUAAGAAUAGUUUAGGUUUAUUUAUGUUAUUAAUAGUUUAGUGAGCUGUGUUCUUCAUUUUAUUUGUUUUAUACAUUUCAUUAAAAUGAACAAAGAGAUAGUGAGUCAUGUCUUUCAAUAAGCUACAUGGGUCAGAACCGUGGAGCAUCUGGGUGGAGAUCAGCCAGUCCAAGUCGGAGCCUUAUCAGCUCCCUCUGUGUUAACCCUUCGGUUCUCACAUGAGAGCAGCUUUGGGGGGAGGGGAGUGGGAACCCAUCUCAGCUCCCACUGCAUCCUAGGGGGCUCAGGGCAUCACAAGGCAAAAUGAGCUCCCCACACAGGCUUUUAAGAGUAGGGAUUUGGGAGGGGAGAGGUGGGCUGGGGCAGUGUCUGCCUCAUGAAGGAUUGGUGGAAUGGGGGUUUAUCUAUAAGUACAGAUGGAUUGGUUGUGGAUUUCUCUGCUUUCACUUUAAUGGUCAGGGCCAGUCACCACUGCCAUCUGGCUUGCCCUGGCUUGGGGUUGUGUCUGCUCAGGCCUAGCUGAAGUUGAGGGUCUAGUUUGAAGGGUUGUACAUGGACGUGAAGAGAUUGUGCCUUUCAGCCACUGUGGCGUUGGUAGAGUGAAGAUGUUUGUGUUUUGGGGGAACAUUGGGGAAUGACUGAAAGAGGGCAGAGUUAAGGUUGUGUGGGCAACCUUAACUUUGAAUUUCCUAGUUUUCAGUCAUGUGAGUUUUGUAGAAGCUGAGGUUCUGAAGGCAGACAACAUUCCACUGGGUAACCUUAACUCUGCAUUAAUGAGUUUUUUUGCCCUUUAAUUACUCUUAGGGGA